AAAAAAAAAGAAAAACAAUACAAAAAAGGCUCGAAUUUGCUUGCUGGCUUCUCGUGGCAAGAUGUGAUUCCUUCAUCCAUAACUAUGCUUUAUCUAUCUAAAAGAGGACGGAUGCGCAGACUAAUCCAGAAGUGAUUAUAGGAAUAUUAACACCCCCGCGUAUCCGUGCCGCCUACUCAUUUAAAGUUGUUUUUAGCCUUAGGGGCAAAAUAUCCACAACCAGCGCUUACAAAUAAGCCAGAGCUGACGGGCGCAGCUAUUUAUGUGUUUAUUUUGGCUUAACUUUGCGCCACUUCAAAAUUCACUUGAAGUGGAAGGAAGAGAAAACAAAUUAAAUUUCUUCACCUAAUGAUCCGUAAGCGCUUAAUAAGUUUCUUUUUGUUGUUGUUAUUUUGACACGGAGUUCACGUGGAAGUCACGUGGUGGCUGUCGCCUAUUAGACUUGAGCGACGAGUCCGUUUUAGUUCGAAUGGUGCUCUCUACCGAACGGUCGCGUCGACAUCUGUGUUCGUAAAAGGUGACGACCGGUCGGACAAACUAGUCAACGCCCUUUAGAAAAUACGAGCCCAAUGCUGAUAAAAGGAGAGGGAGCCGAAGAACGCCACAUCUUGAAUCAGAAAAAACGAGCAGUGUACAAGAUGUCUUAUCAAAUGAUGACAGUGAAGACAUAGAAGACUGCUUAGCGGGUUUCUAUGGCGAUCUAGAUGACAAGUGACAAUUGUAAAAUUUCCCCACCAGCAACCACAGCACUGUGAUUAAAUGGCUUGUCAAGGAAAUUCAACAGGCAAGGGCAGGAACACAACAGAAAAAAUCUAUGUUCCUAAUCCCAUCGACAAAGAAACCAAGUUCGUCCUUAUAAUGUUGGCCUGUUUAGUAAGCGUAUCAGGAGUGAUUGGGAAUUCUCUGAUUCUACACUACAAGCGAAAAGAGAAGAAGAACACGGUCCGAUUACAAAGAGCUCUUGAUCGCGCACACGUAAUUUAUGCUUUUAUUCAGAGUCACGCUUAUUCGGACCUCUUAGGGAGCAUAAUUGGUCUUCCUGUUUUAUUAGCGCUGCUGUUUGACGUUGCGCGAAAUGACUGGGACUGUAAAUUGUAUAAGUUUAUCACGUUUCUGUUUCCUUCCAUAACUGUACUCAAUGUUUUAGUGAUUGCAGUGGAGAGAUAUUUAGGGAGUUUUCACGUGUUGCUGGUGCCAAGGAAGCAAACCGUUCGCCGCUUGCUUGCCUGUGUUUGGGUUUUCGGUGGCCUUUCCGCACUUGCCCCCGCUGCGUGUUACAAGAAUCUAAGAGUCGAUAUGGACGAGCAUCGAUACACUAUUGGAUGUCUUUACGAUAAGUCGGUGCCUGCAUUUGGGGUUAUGCUUUAUAGUUACCUCGUGCUGUUUUACGUAUUCCCUUGUAUUAUUCUGAGUUUUGUGGCUUUUAGAGUUACAAGACUUCUCAACAGGCGACGAACUCCAAGACGAAGCUUUCAACAUAAAGGUUCCCGCCUACUGAUCAACGUUCUCAUCGCGUUUGUUGUUCCAUAUUCACUGUGGGUCUUGCUCACAGCUCUAAGACUUGUUAUCAAUCCAGAGCUAACAUAUCAGCAAGACACGAUUUUGCGUUACGUGUUUUCCGUCAUAGCCUUCUCAAAUGGAGUAGUUAAUCCAUUUAUUUAUCUUUACUACUCCGAUGAAUUCCUUGAUCGGCUGCGAAAGAAUUUGAGGAUUAACACCGUGCAGUUUAACAUUGGCAGCCCACAACGGGAUCAACACUCGGUAUCGAAUCACGAAGGCAUAGAAGUCGAUGUCGUUCAAGCUUCUUCACCUCUGAGACUAUCGGUACAAGAUAUAAAGCUUACAAAAGUUGUAAAAAACGGUCCUACCUCUCGUUGUGAGGCAACAUCUACUUCAUCUUCAGUUGAGGUACCAACUACCUCUCACAGUGCUAUCACCUAUCCGCUACCUUCUACUGCUCAAUGUGAUGUACCAUCCACCCUCCCUUCAACUAGGCCCUGUCCCUUCACUGCUUACUUUCAUGUACCAUGUACCCCUCCACCUUCCACACCCUGUCACUCCACUGCUUACUGUGACGUACCAUGUACCCCUCCACCAACCACACCCUAUCUCUCCACUGCUCACCGUGAUGUACCAUGUGCCCCUCAACCUAACACAUCCUAUCCCUCCAAUGCUCACUGUGAUGUACCAUGUACCCCUCCACCUAACACAUCCCGUCCCUCUACUGCUCACCGUGAUGUACCAUGUGCCCCUCAACCUAACACAUCCUAUCCCUCCAAUGCUCACUGUGAUGUACCAUGUACCCCUCCACAUAACACAUCCUGUCCCUCCACUGCUCACCAUUAUGUUCCAUGUACCCCUCCACCAACCACCCCCUGUCUCUUCACUGCUCACCGUGAUGUACCAUAUACCCCUCCAUCUACCACACCCUGUCUCUCCACUGCUCACUGUGAUGUACCAUAUACCCCUCCAUCUACCACACCCUGUCUCUCCACUGCUCACUGUGAUGUACCAUAUAGCCCUCCAUCUACCACACCCUGUCUCUCCACUGCUCACUGUGAUGUACCAUGUACCCCUCCAUCUACCACACCCUGUCUCUCCACUGCUCACUGUGAUGUACCAUGUACCCCUCCAUCUACCACACCCUGUCUCUCCACUGCUCACUGUGAUGUACCAUAUACCCCUCCAUCUACCACACCCUGUCUCUCCACUGCUCACUGUGAUGUACCCCUCCAUCUACCACACCCUGUCUCUCCACUGCUCACUGUGAUGUACCCCUCCAUCUACCACACCCUGUCUCUCCACUGCUCACUGUGAUUCACCCCUCCAUCUACCACACCCUGUCUCUCCACUGCUCACUGUGAUGUACCCUUCCAUCUACCACACCCUGUCUCUCCACUUCUCACUGUGAUGUACCAUAUACCCCUCCAUCUACCACACCCUGUCUCUCCACUGCUCGUGAUGUACCCCUCCAUCUACCACACCCUGUCUCUCCACUGCUCACUGUGAUGUACCCCCCAUCUACCACACCCUGUCUCUCCACUGCUCACUUUGAUGUACCCCUCCAUCUACCACACCCUGUCUCUCUCUUUUUUUUUUUAAGGCAGUAUUGCUACCUGUUUAUUAUUAGACUAAAGAUGCAAUCCAGCAAUCUUCUCUAUAAUAAUUGUAGUUUAAGAACAAAUUGUUCCCUGGUAAAAUUGACAUUUAAAUAAAGACCCUUUUUGUCUCUU